GAAUUCACCAUGAAGACCGCCUGGAUCUUCUGCAUUAUUUUCUUUAUACUUAACCAUGGAUUGGAUUUCGUAGGAUCGUCGAUAUUAGAUUCUAACGAGCUGAGCGUUUAUCUAUCAGAAAUAUUAAGAGACAGACUUGGGGUCAACGCAAUGCAGAAUCAUCUCGACAUGGACGUGAAAUUCUUAAAAAGAAUUGUGAAUUUUGAGGCUGAUUUAAACAAGCUCUCUGCUUCUUUAGACGCCAAAUUCAAUAGUUAUAUAAAUGCAGCUCGUAAACUUGAGGAUGUCAUUGAGAGAAAUUAUGGAAACUUUACUAAAAGUCCUACCCAACAGGAAUGUUGUCACAGCAGACCUCGAGAACGGGACGAACGAUUUAAAGCUAAGGUCGAUUUGGGCAACUGGUGUAUUCGAAUAUCGGAGACAGCGCCACGUCAAGACCAACGCGUGUACUUUCACUCAGAACUAACUGAAGUUAUGAAGGAAAAUAUGAAAAAUGGCAGUACGUUGGCACCGAACAAGGCAUAA